CCUAUUUCACGUUCAGAUCCCUCCCUCCCAUUACCAGUCGCUGCACCCCCACCCCACCCCACCCCGGACGCCGUCUCAGCGGCUGCCGCCGCACGCUGCAAUCCCUCUCCCAUUAUCUAGCCUUUCCUAGCAAUCGGAGUUACUUAUCUCUGUUUUAUUUUCUCAGAAACACGGUGGUUCAGCUCCUAAUCCGCGCCAUUCGUAGGAUCCUGCCGCUGCCGCUCAUUUUCGGAUCCCCUAGGGGUUGCAAGGGAUUUUGAGUUUAUCGUCGAGGAAGGUAGUUGUUAAUUGAAGGUUAUCUUGUGCUACCAUGGCGACCAGGCUUAUGUUUGAGAACUCAUGUGAAAUUGGGGUUUUCUCCAAGCUCACAAAUGCUUAUUGCUUGGUUGCAAUUGGUGGCUCUGAGAACUUCUACAGUGCCUUUGAAUCUGAAUUAGGUGGUGUCAUUCCAGUCGUUAAAACAUCCAUCGAUGGCACGCGCAUUAUUGGUCGUCUAUGUGCUGGAAACAAAAAUGGGCUUCUUGUACCACACACCACUACUGACCAAGAACUUCAGCAUUUGAGAAACAGCCUACCUGACCAAGUUGUUGUCCAACGUAUACAAGAGAGACUGUCUGCUCUGGGGAAUACAAUUUCUUGUAAUGAUCAUGUUGCUCUCACACAUACUGAUCUCGACCGGGAAACUGAAGAGCUCAUUGCUGAUGUUCUUGGAGUAGAGGUCUUUAGGCAGACGGUAGCGGGCAACGUUCUCGUGGGAAGCUACUGUAGCUUCACGAAUAGGGGUGGCUUGGUUCAUCCACAUACGUCCAUUGAAGAUUUGGAUGAGCUAUCAACCCUUCUUCAGGUCCCUUUAGUUGCUGGAACAGUGAAUCGUGGAAGUGAAGUGAUUGCUGCUGGAUUGAUAGCAAAUGACUGGACUGCAUUUUGUGGUUCAGACACGACUGCAACCGAGUUAUCGGUGAUCGAGAGCGUUUUCAAAUUGAGGGAGGCUCAACCAAGCUCCAUUGUUGAUGAAAUGAGGAAGUCACUAAUAGACAGUUACGUGUGAAGUGUCUUGUUCUGCUACACCUGAUUCUUGCAAGCAAGCAAUUGUUAUUACUGCUUCCUUUUUCCUUUUGUUAUAUUUAACAACUUUGUGAGUGUGUAAUUCGACUCUGCCCUUAAUAGUGUUUUGGUUGAAGUUGGGAUCCAUAUUUGCUAUUA